AUGUCGGAUAAUAAUGUUCCUCAGAUAGAUUUUUCAAAGGCUAGGGAUCAAUCAGAUGGUUCCAUCUCUGGCAUGGCUAAAGGUUUAUUUCAUCAGGUAGUGGAUGGUAAUCCUUACUUUGCAGCUGGUGGUGGUCUAAUGAUCUUAGGUACCUCACUGGCAAUGUUCCGGAAAGGUAUCAUUAAGGUGAGCAGAUUAGUCUAUCAUCAGAUGCUGGUAGAUUUAGAAAUUCCUUCAAAAGAUAGAUCCUAUUUGUGGUUUUUGCAAUGGAUGUCGCAGCAUCCUCAUAGGUCAUCGAGGCAUCUCGCAGUGGAAACUAACUAUAUGCAACACAAUAAUGGCUCUGUAACGACAAAUAUUAACUUCAUACCUGGUCCAGGCACUCAUUUAAUAAAGUAUAAAGGUGCAUAUAUGCUUGUGAAACGAGAGAGGUCGGGGCAGAUAGCAAAUUUCUCAAACGGGACCCCAUUUGAAACGGUAAAGCUGACUACUCUUUACAGGGAUAGGUCUUUGUUCAAUGAGCUACUAUUAGACGCCAAGAACUUAGCAGUGACAGCUCAAACAGGGAAAACAGUGAUUUAUACUUCCUGGGCUAAUGAAUGGCGACCAUUUGGUCAGCCAAAGGCGAAAAGGCUACUUUCCAGUGUGAUUCUUGAUAAAGAUGUUAAGGAAUCAAUAAUUGCAGAUGUAAGAGAUUUUUUGCGUAAUGGCAGAUGGUAUCAAGAAAGAGGCAUCCCAUACAGAAGAGGCUAUCUGCUUUACGGUCCCCCGGGCAGCGGUAAGACCAGCUUUAUUCAGGCUUUGGCGGGUGAAUUGGAUUACAAUAUCUGCAUCAUGAACCUAGCUGAUGGUAACCUAACCGAUGAUCGUCUAAACUAUUUAAUGAAUAAUCUACCUGAACGCAGCCUCAUGCUAUUAGAGGACAUUGAUGCUGCAUUUGUUAAAAGAACUAGAAGUGAUGAAGGACAUGUUAACGGUGUCACAUUCAGUGGCCUGUUAAAUGCGUUGGAUGGCAUCGCAUCUAGCGAAGAAAUCAUCACUUUCAUGACGACAAAUCAUCUGGAAAGACUAGAUCCUGCUGUAAUGCGUCCAGGAAGAAUUGACUACAAAGUAAAUGUUGCAAACGCGACAAAAUACCAAAUGGAACAGAUGUUCCUGAGGUUCUUUCCAGAUGAGCUUCAACUAUGCAAAAAAUUCGUAGAAAAGACUUCUGCUUUGGGAAUUCCUGUCUCUACUGCUCAACUACAAGGAUUAUUCGUAUUUAACAAAAACAGCCCUCAAGAUGCUAUCAACAUGUUAGACACAUUGAAAGACGCUAAUCACGUCUUCUGA